CAAAUCGCAAACAUGUCCACCGAAACGAUAGUCAUUCUGGGUGCAUCUUUCGCUGGCCUCGGCGCUGCGCACUAUGCAUUGAGACACGUGCUUCCACAACUCCCCAAGAAAGACGGAGUCACGUACGAUGUCACCUUGGUGAACCCUUCCAAGGACCUCUUCUGGAGGCUUGCCAUGCCCCGCGUGGCUGCUUCCACCAAGCUUCUACCGCUCGAUAAAUGUUUUAUUCCCAUCGAACCGGCUUUUGCUUACGCAAAGGGUCGUUUCAACUUCGUCCAAGGAACUGCAACGAGUAUCGAUGCCGAGGGCCGAAAGGUCACUGUCCAAACAGCAACAGAGGAGAAGACCAUUUCCUUCAUCUCCCUCGUUAUCGCGACUGGGGUGUCGACACCCUCGCCCCUUUUCACCCUAACCUCCGACCGUGCCGCACUCGAGGCUGAGCUCGACACUUUCCACAAGGCCCUCGGGAAAGCCACCUCGGUAGUCAUUGGCGGCGCAGGACCCGUGGGCGUCGAAACCGCAGGCGAAAUCGCCGAAUUCCUAAACGGCAAACCAGGCUUCCUCGCCUCGGCCCCCAAGAACCCAAAAGUCAAAGUCACCCUCAUCUGCGCCGAGAGCAAGAUGCUCCCCGUCCUCCGCGAAUCCAUCUCCAAGAAGGCCGAGAAGUUGCUCAAGAACCUAGGCGCCACCGUCCGCUACGACACCAAAGUCGUCUCUGCCUCGACCCCCUCCGAAGGCGCCAAAACCGCCGUCCAGCUCUCCAACGGCGAAACCCUCGAGACGGACAUCUACAUCGACGCCACGGGCACACGCCCCAACACGAGCUUCGUCCCCGGCGCCUGGCUCGACACCCGCGGUAAAGUCUCGUGCAACCCAAAGACACUGCGCGUCGAAGCCGCAGGCGUCCCCCGCAUCUACGUAGCCGGCGACGCUGGAUCCUACACGCGCGGCGGCGCCAUGGAUCUGCAGAUCGCGCUCCCCGUCGCCAUGACGAACCUCAAAACCGAUCUGAUUGCCCAUGUUUCCGGUAAACCCCCGGGCCCCGAUAGGCACUAUGCGGCGGACCCCAAGGAGUCGCAGGUCGUUCCCAUCGGCACGAGCAAGGGUGUUGGCGCGUUCGGUGGCAACCAGCUACCUAGCUUGAUGGUGUGGGGAAUCAAGGGCCGCGAUUACAUGCUGGGUAUGUUGGCGCAGCCCACGCUCAACGGGGAUGCGUACAAGAAGGAAGGAAAGUGGAAGCCGCAGCCAGUCGUCAACAACGGCGUGGGGUUGAGCAGUAGUUAA